AGAAGGCUUGCAUUGAUUUGCAUAUUCCUUCGUAAAAGCCGAGCUUCUCUAGCCCGGUUCCUUCGCCGGACUAUCGAAAGAGAUAAGAGUUCCGGUACCUCGUAAAAAUAGUCGGAUUGACUACAGCAUCAAAUCAAAGAUCCCAAUUACAGAAUGUUUAACGAUCUCAACAACUACUGACCGUCAUGCAGCACGGGCAUGAAAUGCCUCCCCACCAGCAAGCUCUCCCAGGCACGCGGAAACGUUCUCCACGACUGGCAUGCCGAGAUCGUAGCAUUGAGGGCAUUCAAUCGAUUCCUCCUCGAUGAAUGCCUAAGUCUCGUCCGCCCACCCCAUACACCAUCCCGCUUCAUAGUCCAAAUCAACGAGACCUCGCGGACUGACACCGAAUUCCAACCCUUCAAAAUCAGAGAUGAUGUGCAAAUCCACAUGUACUGCUCAGAAGCGCCCUGCGGAGACGCCAGCAUGGAACUCGUAAUGUCCGCCCAAGAAGACGCCACGCCAUGGACAUCACCACCUCCCACGAUAUCCAGCCCUGAAGACACAGACACCAGCAACGACACCACACCCCUCUCCGCUCUUCGCGGCCGCUCCCACUUCAGCCAUCUCGGCGCCGUCCGCCUGAAGCCCUCCCGCCCAGACGCCCCGCCCACGCUCUCCAAAUCCUGCACCGACAAGCUCGCCCUCACACAGUGCACCUCCAUCCUCUCGUCCCUGACAUCCCUCCUCGUGGCCCCGGGAAACGCCUACAUCGCUUCCCUCGUCCUGCCAGAGAGCCAGUACGUCGCGUCUGCGUGCGAGCGGGCGUUCAGCGCCUCAGGUCGCAUGUCCGCCGUCGACGAAGAACGAUGGAAAGGCGGGUACCGCUUCCAGCCGUUUGCGGUGCGGCCGACCGCGCGGGAAUUCGCUCACUCGAGACGCAGCGUGCCGGCGCUUGAGAAGGCGGUGCCGUGUAAUAUCAGCGCGGUGCAUACGCCGCAUUUUCAGGAGACGCUGAUAGGUGGGGUGUUGCAGGGUAGGAAGCAGUUCGAUCCAAGGGGUGCGAGUCAGAUUUGUAGGACGUCGAUGUGGAGGGGUGUGUUGGAGGUCGCGUCGAUGUUGGCUGUGACGAGGGUUGUGGCGGCGCUGGGGAAGAGGACGUAUGCGGAUGUUAAGGGUAGUGGGGUGCUUGGUGCGCGGAGGGUGGUGAAGGACGAUGUACGGAGAGAAGCGCUGGCGGGGUGGGUGAGGAAUGGCGGUGAUGGGGAUUUUGACUUGAAGUAGAGGAAUAGCAUAGAAAGCAUAAGCUAUGAUAGAGAAGAUUGCUGCCCCUGUCCGUGAAUUGUUGAUAUUGCAUCUUCUUCACUGUAUCAUGGGCAUGCACGGGAAAUCAUUUGCCAUCCCCCAUGUCUGACAGACGGCAACAUCAGCAUUGCAAGGCAGCACAAUUGAAGUAAACUUCUAAAGGGAAA